AGAUAUGUCAAAUACUUUAAGUUUAUCAGCAAUAAUUCAUCAAAUAUCAACAAGAACUUAUGACUACACUAUCGAGGAUGGCACAAUCAAUGCAAUAUUCCAAUCAAAUGAGGAAUUCGAUUCGCAGUUCAAUGACAGAUCAUUCAAACAUUAUUUUGCCAAUCAAAAGUGUAUUUUAACUUUUUGCUCAGACGUUGGUGACAAAGUUGGUAAAAUCUUUUGGAAAACUGCCAAUCAGGAUGAAUUUAAUCUUCUUGAAGUAUCUUGUAAUGAAGACAUGAUUGUGUUAGAGCUUUGUCGAGACUUUAUUUUUGGUGAACUAAGGAGUGAUCGUACAGGCAUUCUAACACAUUCGAAGGACAAAAAACAUUUCAACAUCCGAGACAUUGGAACAAUUGAUGGAAAAAAUCUAUUAAUUUUGGAGCUACUCAAAUGCAACCAUGACAAUGUCACCAAACUAUGUCAAUACAACUUUGAUGUCGACUGUGAAUUUGAACUUUUGAGUAAAGAUGGUCAGCUGAUGACAACUAAUCCUAUUGAGAAAGCUUGGGAUGAUUUUAUAAACUCAGAUAAUGCAAAUAUCAAGGAAUCAAGUAAUUUGAUGAUUUUAAGUUUACUGAAUGCAAACUCGACAUUCCCUGUUGAUUUCGACUACACAAAUGCAUCAGAUGAGGUCAAAAACUUUGUGGAUGAAUGUGAGGAAGUCCACAGACUUGUUGAAAGUAGAGAUCUGCCGGCUGUUCAAGAAAAAGUUGAGUCACUGCAACAUUUAUGCCAUAUUUAUAAUGAAUAUAAUGAAUCUCUGUUGAUUUAUGCUUUGAGACUUAAAUCCCUGGAUAUUGUAGAAAUUUUAGAAUCAGCUGGUUUAAGCAUCGGAAGUCAUGAAGUUGUUGACCUUCAAGAAAUUUAUAAAAACUAUAAUAAAAGUCAAUUAAGAUCAAUGCGAUCGAGACAUCAGAAAAAUUCCAAAAAGAUCCCAAAAAUUCAUCUUUUGAUCUUUAAUAAAAAAUCAUCAAUUUGCCAAAAUGAUCGACAGCAUCGUGAACAUUGGAAGCUUGUGACUGAGUCAUACAAAAUUCUUGACAACAAUCCAGGAUGCUCAUUAGUCCUCCAAGUCUGUGCUUUGUUCAAAAAACUUCAAAUAUUCUUUGACUUCAAGCACGAGUCGACUUACUACUUUGAUUCAGUCAGUUCCAUAUUUACCAGUGGGAUUACGUACAAUACUGGAGUCAUUGAAAUUGGCGCGAAAGGAAUGCUUCAAGAGGACACAAAGUGUAAAGUGAUUGGAGUGCUGAUUCAUGAGCUGUGUCAUCUAGCAAUCAAUAUGGUUUAUAUGAACAACUUUGAUCCAUAUCAAAUGGGUGAGUCUGGUGAUAAAUUAAGAUUUGUCAGCUCAGUGUUUGAGGAAUGCAGGAGAAAUCAAAAUUUUGACAAUAUUGUUGGGUCGGUCUUUAAAUGUUACAGUCCAGAGCAUGUUAAUUCUGAGCUAAUUGUCAGGCCUUAUCAGAUAAUGAUGCAUUAUAUUAAAAAUCAUCAAAAAAUUGCUGAAUGUGAGCAGAAUUAUGGUCAGCUUUUUGGAUAUGUCAGGGAUGUUAUUGAGCCGGAAAUGGAAAGAGCUUUGCCGAUUUUAAAAAAACUUUACGACGAUGAACUUAAUAUUGAGUUUAAUUCAUUAAUUGAGCCAAUGAAGGCAGUCGUUUUGCAUAAAGAAAUAAAAUUUCAAGGGGUGGACACUUCAAUAUUUGAAAUUAUAGGAAAUGAUGCUGAGGUUUUGGGUUUGCUGUCUAAUACUGACUUAAAGAAAAUUUUGUUAAAAAAUGACUUUAAAAUUGGGAAAUUUUCUGAAAACACUACAAAAUUUGGUUAUGUUGAGAGAGCUUUUAUUGGAGCAGGUGAAAAAGCAUUUGAUUCACAAGAUAUGAUUGACAUCCUGCAAACUAGUAAAUGUCUAUUGCUUAAUGGCAAAGCAGGUGUUGGCAAAACAACAACUUUUGAAAAUUUAGUCUCAAAAUUCAAAAUAAAGUUGCCGAAUUUUUGGGUUUCGUGCGUAAAAUUGCGAAAAUUUAAGAAUAUUUUAAAUGACAAUUUAAAUAGAGUUGAAGAUAUUAACUCUGUAUGCAAUCUAUUCUGUGAAAUAUUAGAUUUAAAAUCCAAUUUUGAGGUUAGAAUCUUCAAAAAUCUAUUUUUCAACAACAAAGUAAUUUUACUUUUAGACGGAAUCGAUGAAAUAAGUCCAAAAUUUACCAAUUUUAUAUUAAAAGUCAUGAAAAUUUUAAAAGAAAAUUCAGAAAAUAUUUUUUGGGUGUCAACUCGUCCACAUCACGUUCAAAAUCUACAAGAAAAUUUAGAUUGUAAAAUUUUCAACUUUCAAGCGUAUUUAGGCAAUGAUUUGAGAAAAUUCUUAUUCAGAAUCAUUAAAACUUAUGACAUUUAUGAUGAGGAAACGAAGUUGAGGUAUCUUGAGUACCUCCAAGAUUUUUUCACUCGAGAUUUCUUUAAAGAUUUGGACAAUUUGAUGAUUAUUGAGAUUAUAACAAUAUUAUUUUUAAACAAAAAAAUUGACAUCAUUUCCAAGUCACUUAGUCAUUUUGAAUUAUUUGGAAUCUUAAUUGAUGAGCACAUGGAAAAAGUCAAAGACGCAAUUGACUUUGAGGAUCGAAAGUUUUCAUUAAAAUUCUUUCAUCUUUUUCAAAUUUUGGCUCUAAAGUUUGUUUUCGUAAAUGACAAAAUAAAAGAUUUAAAAAUAAUGAAAAAAUGGCAGUCAGAAAAAAAGUCUUGGACGGAAGAUAAAAUCCAAAGGUUUGGAAUUGUGAUUGUCAAUUUAGAUUUUUUGGAAACCGACAACGAAAAUUCCAUCGAUUUUGUUCACAAAAGUUACGCAGAAUUUUUCGUCACUCAAUUUUUGUUGGAGAAGAUUUUUGAUGAAGAUUUGAGUUUUGCUGAAAGUUUGCAGAUUUUUGAACUUCUGAAAGAUUUAAGGAACAAUAAUUUUGAUGAAUCAUUUUUUUAUGAUUAUUUGGAUAAGCAGUCAAACAUUGAGGAUCAAAAUUUGAAUGAACAUAUUCAAAAAUUAAUUUUCAAGCAGGCAAAAAUGUCCUUAAACUUUUAUAAUUUAAAUCCGAGGUUAAAAAAAAUAAAUUUUAACAUUUUAAAUCCACCCUCGACUUAUUUAGAUUCAGAACCAAGAUUCUCAAAUGACAACGAUCCGCUUUUUUGGUGCUCUUUUUUGCGUAAUAAUUGCGAAGUCAUGAAGAGACUUUGGGAAGUUGAUAAUGACAAUAAUGUGUUCAGCAAGAUGAUUAAUAGAAAUAAUAUAUUUCAUACUUUGAAAUUAGUUGAAUUUUGUCUUGGCACAAAUUGGCAUUUAAUUUUAAGCAAAGCUCCUGACAACAUUGAAUCAGAAUUGCAAGAAUUUGACAUCACAAAAAUGGAUCGUUAUGAAAUUUUAAGCUACAGAAUGGCAAAAUUUCUAACCCUUGUUGAAAGCUGUCAACACAUUUGCAGUCCUGAUCUUUUAAAAUCCAUUAUUCUUAUUUAUCACAACUUUUCAGGAAAAUUCCAAAAAAUCAUUUUUCAAAAAAUUUCUUCAAUUUACAAAAAUGACAAAAAUUUUAUUAUUAAAAUUUUAAAUAUUUUUAUUAACGACGAUGAGAUUCAAAAUUUGCUAUUCUUUUUGACACAAUUUGAAUAUUUUUCAAUCUUCAACAAACCAGGAUUCACACAGCAAACUGACGUUUCUGGCUCCAUAUUGGCUUCAUCCCAGGCUUAUGACAGCUCAAAACAUGUUGAAGCUAUCAGUCUUCCACAAUAUUUACUCGACAAACAUUUUAUCGAUCGAUUUAUGAUAGCUGUCGAGCAGGAUGGGUCACAAAUAUUUUUACUAAUUCAUCUGUGCAAAUCAUUGCAAAAUCGAAAUCUUGACGUUGAAGAAAUGUUCACUUACAAAAAGAAUUUAUUGAAAAUUUUAAACCUUUUAAAUGACGACGAAAUAAUUAAGUUUGCUGACUCAAUGAGAACAUUCUUUCAAGAUUCUAAAGAAGUCAUUUUAAAUUGCAUAAACUUCAACUUUGGUCCAUACGACAGCAUCACUUUUGGCAAAGUUGAAGUCUUUUUUAUCAACUUUUUUGAACAUAAUAACGAUUUGGUGCAAUUAAGUAUGAAAAAAAUAUUAUUUAAUGAUUAUUCGAAUAAGGAUGAACACCUUUUUGUGUAUCUUGUUGAAUCUUUAGAUGAGUUUAUGGCUGCUUCUAGUUUCUACAGGAAAUACAACACAAAAGAGCUCCUAACAGCUUUUAUAAAAUGGAAAAUUUUUCCCAGCGUCUUCUUUAACAUGUCACUUGAUGUUUUUCCUGUAUUUCAAUCAUUUCUUGAUGAUAUUUUCGGUUCUGAUAGAAAUCUCUUAAUUCAAUGCGGGCUUUGUGAAUUUUCCAACAUUAGAGCAUCAAAUUUGGAUGCAAAACUUCCAUUAAUUCACAAUUUAUUGAACAAUUUUUAUCAAAAUAAUAACAAUGAUGUUGAAGAAUUUAUGACAAAGUUCAUGCCUAAUCUUAUUUCUUGUUAA